UUCAGUCGAGAGAGCCAUUAAGCCGGAGAGGAGGCUAGAGACAGUCGUAGAAAGUUACACUGCAUUUAGACAGAAUUUGACGAAGUCAUCUUCUUUUUUCUUGUGAUUGGAAUAGCGCAAUAACUUCGAUGAGUGGGUGAGUCAAUUUGUUGUUUUGGAUUUGGGUUUUCGGGACGCCACAUGUUUAAAACAUUCAGGUUUCCAGCGUAAGAUUUGAUACUGAACAUGUAAAAACAUUGUAGGCUAUUUUUAAUACAGGCCUCUUAUGAACAGCAUGGGGGAUUGAGAUCGAAAACCAAAAGAAGACGUGGCGUUAUGCAUUGGCGUCGAGCGGACUGUGGAGUGGUUUAGGUAGUUUCAUGUUGUUGGGAUCCAUUUUCUACCUCUACAACACGAAACUGUCUUAAUUGGCCCAGUUUAAUACAUCGAAACGUCAGUCAACUUAAUCUGGGACACAUGCAAUUUAACUGGAUUUGAUAAUAUUGAAUAGUAUUGGGAGUGUUAUUUGUGGUGACAUAAAUAAAAAAUAGGACCUUUCUUUCUAAAGACUUGCUGUCGUGUAUAUCUCUUAUCAUAUCGUCAGUAAUAUUUAUACAACCUCUAUUUGUUAUUUUUCAUCGUUAAAUUAAGCCCCUGGAUGCCUGCGUCCUAUAUUUAUCUUGGUAAAAGCUCAGCUAUAGGAGGGUUGGACUUGGAAUUAGCGUAAAGCUAUAAGCAUGUUUUCUGUCAGUCGUGACGCGGCGACGUCAGACAAGGCCUCGGUUACGACCACUGCAUUGGAAAGGAAGUUGAGUGGGCAACAGCGACCUCAGUGGCGCGCCGGUGGGCAAUAGAGCCGGAUGCUUCCGCUGCGCAAUAUAGCCCGAACACAAAAGAGGCGAAGGGCUUUAUGGCGAUAUUUAGAUCCGCCAGACAAGCUGUUAUCUGUGGGCAAAAUAAGUAAAUAGCCCCUGCGGUUAACUGGGUCCGUGUUGAAAAACACCCUGAUUUAGUUUACAGCCUUAAAGUGCCAUUGCCUUCCCUUGUGUCUUUUCUUUUGAAAAUGCCUGUCUGUUCUGUGUUUUAGUGCGCAUAGCCUUUCCCUAUCCACUAUCCUUUUUGUUUGUUUCUAAUGUCUCUAACACAUUUUCAUCCAUGCCUUAUCUGAUUCUGCACAGUGGUAUACGUUCGAGGAUGAAAUAUUAUCUGUUCAGUUAUAGGUGUGUGGCAUAGCCUACUGUUUUUUCAUUCAGUAGGAAAAUAUGCUGGAGUGGAUUCUUUAGCAGCAGUGAACCGCCUGUGGCCAUGUAGGGUGUUGGCCUAGCUUUCACUUUUAUUGGAUGGUAAUAAAUAGAACACGUAUUCUGUGUGCAGCUAUCUCCAUUCUCUAAGGCUAUGGUGGGGGGUGGGGGGGUGCAAGGUUCGACACAAUGUCUGUAAAGUGUUAUGCAGGCGUUACCUCUCUUCCUACUAGUCCAUAUAGUAUCAUAUGUUGUGUUCAGACUUGGGGUGCACGUUCAGUAGUUUCUCACCUGCUCUUGAAUGACCCCACAUGUAUUAGUUACCCCACAAGUAUUAGUUUGUGUUGUGUUGCUUAUCCAUUCAAAAGAUACACCUGAAAAUCAAAUGCAUAUAUAGUGUAGGCUUGACUAUAAUUUCCAGCGUCCCUGUCUUGGUUUAUAUUUGGUGUUUUAAGUUUUAAUGUCACAUGCACAAUGUCACAUGCACAAUGUCACAUGCACAAUUACAGUGAAAUGCCAUUCUUGCAAGCUCUAACCUCAACAAUGCAGUAAUCAAUAACAAUGCAAUACUAAAAAUAACAUGAGGUAGACCCAAAACACACAGGAAAUAAAAAUAAGAAAUGAGAAGUAUUCGCGAAAGUAAGUCCGCGUACUAUAUACAGGGUCAGUCAGUUCCAAUGCCAUAUUUACAAUGUGCAGGGAUACUGCAGUGGUAGAGGUAGAUAUGUAGGCAGGCCUAUAGGGGUAAGGUGACUAGGAAUCAGGAUGUAUGAUGAACAGAGUAGCAGCAGCGUAUAUGAUGAUUGUAUGUCAACGGGUGUGUGUAGAGUCACUAUAAAUGUAUGUUAAUAUAAUGUGUGUGUGAACACAUGAUGGAGUGAGUGUUUGUGUGUGUGUGUUGGAUUGUCAGUGUGCGUGAGUGAGUGUGUAGUAUCCUGUGAGUGUGCACAGAGACUUUGCAAAAAUAAAAUACAAGGGUCAACUCAGAUAGUCAUUGUAGCCAUUUUGCUAGCUAUUUAGUUAGCUAUUUAUUACUCUUAUGGCUUGGGGAUAGAAGCUGUUCAGGAGCCUGUUGGUGUCAGAAUUGAUGCACCCGUGCGGAAGCCAAGAGGACAGUCUAUGGCUUGGGUGGCUGGAGAUUGAAAAUGUGUUAGAUUUCUGCUAUCAAAUUUGAUUACAACGUGAUCUAUGUGUCUGAAUGACAUAAACAACCCCAUUUGUAAACUAGUGCCUAUCUAUUAUCUAUUAGUUGCAUGUAAAUGUCACGACGUAGGCCGAUCUCCAUUUUUUUUGUAGGGAAACUCCUAAACUUCUAAGUGAUUUAGUAGUUUACAUACAUCUUUGUUAUAAUUUUCUACUUUGUUGUUUUCGUUAGCCACGGCGCAUUUCAUAAUUGACUCGAUAGUGCUGAUAUUUGUAAUAGUGCUAGUGUUUCUUAUGAUAUAGUGGUCUCUCAUAAUAGGCUAAUAACAUUCCUAGUAAUAAUAGGAUAAUGUAUUUAAUAGGAUAAUGUAUUUAAAAAAGAAGCCAGGUUUUACAUGCUACUAUGUGCACACUAUUUUCUACGACGAAUUUUCAUAAUUGUCGUUUAUUUGUUUUAGCUGAAUGAUUUAAAUAUGCCACAACUAGGCCAUGCUUUUAUGCUUCACCAUUGGGCUUUUGAGAUACAUGAAUAAACAUGUACGUUUUUUCUUCUUCUGUACGCUCAAUAUAAAAGUUGUUUAAUUCCUCGGUUCUGUUUAAUAACCAGAAUACGUUUUUAUCUUGUCCAUGGAUAUACGAAUAUAAUAUUAGCCUAGGACAAUAGCAUGAUUCUUUCCCAAAUGUAUUUUUUUAAGACAUCAGUAAAUUAACGAACAUAUUAGGGUUCUAUAGCUGUGAGUAAAUGGGCCUACUAUGCAAACACAAAUACAAUUCUAUGCUAAUUUCCAUUUUCAUGCUCAAAAUAAUCUUACAUUUACUGCAUUUUUUUUCCAGUAGCUGAUAUAUAAACAAUAUCAUAGGAUGUUGAGGAAAUAACAAAUGAAACAGUCAGAUAGUCAGAUAUUAUUCUCAGCAGGUUUUUAGUCCGAUUAGUCUUUAAUCUGAUAUUAUAUUAUUAUUGUAUAAUACCAAACUAAUAUGUUAAUAGGCUAUACAAAAUAGCACGAUAUAGCACAACAUUAUGUGCUUAUCUUUAAUAGGGGGUGUGCGUAAAACGUUUUUUCUUUGGGAACGUUUGGACAUAACUUCUCUGGUUCGAAGACAAUGAAAAUAUGAAAGGUUGAAACAUUUUGACGGAAGAUGAAAGAGGUUACAUACUAGGAUGGAAAGCCUAUAGGGCUUUAGUUUUAAGGAAUAAUAUCUACAUAAUUUACGUUAUUUUGCGCCAUAGAAAUAAUGCAAUUUCAGACAUUUGGUUUUGUUAAUCAGCCCCAAUAUGGAGAAGUUAUUCUGGUUCAUUUCAGCCACUGCGGGUUUUGUUGUGAGUAUCAUUGGUAAUGCUUAUUACCCUGUAACGUAUGUGUAGAUAUCCCUCGUUAAAUGUGUGUUUUACCUCAUUUGGGAGAAUUAUUUGGGGGAUUUACUGGCCUAUGCUAACAGGGACAGAUACUUUCAAUUGUAUUUUUCUCAAUGGAGUUCAGCCUCUCCCUUGUCACGGGCCAACAUUUAUAUCAGAAAUUGCGUACUAAUCAUAUAAAAUAAUAAUAAUUUGCUUUUAAAACUAGACGUUGUCACGUUUUAAGACAAGAGACCCGCGAGCAUUUAAUAGUCAAAGGGAUUGAUUUAUUAUUUAUUGUUCAGCCUUUGUGAUCACGUGCGCGCAUCACCCAAUCGAAUGGCAGCCCUGCGUCCGAACUAUUAGUAGACUGUAGUUCUUUGUGGUGCCAAGUUGCUACUUGAUUUCUUCAGAUUUUUAUUUUGUGAGAGUGGGGUUUAGUGCGUGUGUAUGUGUGUGUGGUAUGUGUGUCGCGCUUGUAUUUGUAAGUAUCAGUGUAUGUGUGUGUGGUGUGUGUGUCGCGCUUGUAUUUGUAAGUAUCAGUGUAUGUGUGUGUGGUGUGUGUGUCGCGCUUGUAUUUGUAAGUAUCAGUGUAUGUGUGCGUACAUGUGAAAGUCUCUUUUGCCAUGUCGACAUCUGGAACGUUGACUAGCUACUACGUCGACUCCCUCAUCUUGCCUGAGAGUGAGGCGCUCUCCGCGCCUAGAUACUCCUCCGGUCCGGGGGGGCUCCAGCACGCGAGGCAGCCCACAUCGAUCACCGAUCACACUGAGCUUGGGCCCUGCACCUUCCCGACGAAAGCCCCGGUCUUCAGCCCGUCCUGGGGCCAUGUACCGACCCAGUUUCCAGCCGCCGUGUCGUCGGUGUACCACCACCCUUACGGGAAUCACAUAAGCCCGGCUCCAGGCGACCUGGAGGGUCGCUACAUGCAGUCCUGGCUGCUGGAGCCCAUGUCAGGGUCCUUGCCUUUAACUGGAUUACCAACGAGUCACCACUACGGGAUCAAAUCCGAGAGCCUGGAUGCGGGAGCGGACAGCGUGCUGCCUGGAUCCCACACCGCGCUGCUCCUGUCCGAUUUCGCCGAAGGAACGGCGGCGACUGCAUCCCCGGUGGACAAGGACACACUACCAGGCCAGACCGGGGACCUGAACGAGGAGAAACCGGCCCUUGAUCCAAAUAACCCGGUAUCCAACUGGCUCCACGCUAGCGCCACGAGAAAAAAGCGCUGUCCAUACACCAAGCACCAGAUCCUCGAGCUGGAGAAAGAGUUCCUCUUUAACACGUACCUCACGCGGGACCGUAGGUUCGAGGUCGCGAGGCAGCUCAACCUUACGGAGAGACAAGUCAAAAUCUGGUUUCAGAACCGCAGAAUGAAGAUGAAGAAAUUUAAUAAAGAUGGUGGACCGAAAGAUGAUUUAUAGGUAUGAUUGAUUGAAUGAGAACGUAAAAACAUAUCCGAAAUAAGGGGGGUAUCUGUGAAAAGGCUCUUUCUCUACUGAACUGCAUUUUUAUAGUCGUUGUUUCAUUGUUUUAUCCCUAACAGAAGCUGUUAUGUGUCUUGUAAAAAGCAUGUCCGGCUCUACUCGUCGUUUUGAUGCAACUAACUACCUUUAUAUUGCACAAUUUAGCAGUGCGCAUUAUUUUUUGUUAUUGUUAUUAGGAUGUUAAUGAAUGAAUUAAAGCCUCGGCUGUGAGGGCAUCUGUGCAAGGCAUGUACCCUAUUGAUAGGCCUGUUCUCUGUGCUCGUUUGUGUGUGGAUGUGAGUAGCUAUAUGUGUGUGUUCUCCGGUUUGUAGAUAUAGGCCUCUGUGUAUUUCAGGUUAAACUGAAUUUAGUUUCAAAUGUUGUUGUUGUUGUCGUUAUUUCAACUAUUGGUCUAUUUGAGUUGGAGGGAUUGGCUAACGUAAUGGUGGCAUUUUGAAGCGGGUGCAUGAGCAUCAAAAAGCCUCUUUAAAAUGCAUAUUGGCCUGUUGAUAAUGUUACUAGAAGCUACAUACAAUGAUAUUGUCUCUCAACUACCUACAAUUGCAAGAACCUCAUUUCAUUUUAACAUGACUUUUCGUUGUGAAGAGACUGAAUGCUUGUAUAGAUCGUAAACUAUGUCUGAAUUUCAGGGAGUAACAUUUGAGAGGACAUAUUUGUUAGAAAGGAGAGAGACUAAAUAAACAGAAACACUGUAUGCUACCUAAUGAAUACCUCAUGGUCUGGGGACUUUCAGAUUUUUGGUUCUCAAAUGUAAUUUGUACUAUUUAUUGAAUAAAACAAAUUAUAUCUGCGAAUGCA